AUGGAGUUUUCCCAAGAUGAAUUCAGUGGGAUUACAUCAGUAAUUCUUAGGAUGAAGAAACGUGCUCCAUCGCCACCUAUCAAGAACAGGGAGGGCCAAGAGGGUGUGCCUGCACAUCGGUAUAACAUGAAUUAUGAGAAGGUGGGCAAAUGCAUCAUCAUUAAUAACAAGAACUUCGAUAAAACAACAGAAAUGGAUACCCGGACAGGAACGGACAAAGACUCUGAAGCACUUACAAAGUGUUUCCGAAGCCUGGGUUUUGACGUGACCGUCUACAAUGACUGCUGUUGUGCCAGGAUGGAGGAACUGCUUGAACAAGCAUCAAAAGAGGACCAUUCCAAUUCGGCUUGCUUUGUCUGCAUCAUAUUAAGCCAUGGAGAAGAAAACUAUAUUUAUGGGACAGAUACAUUGAUACCAGUAAAGGAUUUGACUGUGCAUGUUCGGGGUGAUAGAUGCAAAACACUUUUAGGGAAACCCAAACUCUUCUUCAUCCAGGCUUGCCGAGGGAAAGAGUUGGAUGAUGGGGUCCAGGCCGACUCAGUGGUUGUCAGUGACACCGAUGCCAAAAGCCCUCACAGUAUUCCAGUGGAAGCUGACUUUCUCAUUGCUUAUUCCACAGUUCCAGGGUACUACUCUUGGCGGAACCCAGGAAGAGGCUCCUGGUUCAUCCAGGCCCUCUGCCGCAUCCUGAAUGAGCACGGGAAAACACUGGAGAUCAUGCAGAUUCUCACCAGGGUGAACAACAUGGUGGCCAGAGACUUCGAGUCCUGCUGUAGCGACCUCAAGUUUGACAGGAAGAAGCAGAUGCCAUGUAUACAAUCCAUGCUCACGAAGGAACUCUACUUCUGA